AUGCUACAUUUCCUUUUCCAUUUGUUUUCUUUCUUUCCCUCUCUCCUUCUUACACCUCAUCACUCUCUCGCAAGUUAUUCUCUCUCUUUCUCUCUCUCUCUUCCUCUCUCUCUCUUCCUUUCCUUUCUCUCUCUUUCUCUCUUGUCUGUCUACUUUUCACCACCUCUCUCUCUCUCUCUCUCUCUGUCUUACUGUCUUCUUUCUUCUCUCUUACUCUCUCUCUCUAUGUUUACCUAUCAAAGUCUCUUCCUAUCUAUCUAUUUAUCUAUCCCAGAUGCUUCAUUGAUUAUCUAUCUAUCUAUCUAUCUAUCUAUCUAUCUAUCUAUCUAUCCCCCACUCGCCUCUCUCUACCUAGUCAUAUCUAUCUAUCUAUCUAUCUAUCUAUCUAUCUAUCUAUCUAUCUAUCUCAGCCUAGUCAUAUCUAUCUAUCUAUCUAUCUAUCUAUCUCAGCCUAGUCAUAUCUAUCUAUCUAUCUAUCUAUCUAUCUAUCUAUCUAUCUAUCUAUCUCAGCCUCUAUCUCUAUCUCAUCCUAGUCAUCUAUCUAUCUAUCUAUCUAUCUAUCUAUCUAUCUAA